UGUGGCGCAGGAGAAGUCUUUACACUGAUUACAGUCAGUUGACCGAAAAUGGCUAAGUUUGUCGUGUUAUUCGUCGCAGCUUUGGCUUUCCAAGCCACUUUUGCUUUCCCCAAAUACUUUGAGGAAGGAAAACUCGUCAACUACUUGGACGAAAUCCAAACCGAAGUUAAGGAUUUGACUCUUUUCCUCCGCAACGAUUUCCCCGAAAGCCAUUUCGCCGUCAAGACCAUCACCUGGCAAUUCCGUCAACUUGCUGUUGUUGUUGAUGAAAUCAUCAACAAGCUCCACGAAGAAGUCUUCAUUCAUGAAGUUGAAGGUCACCAUGUCUUCAAACAAGUCACCUUCAUGCUUAGAGAAAUCCACUCUUCCCUCAAGAAGAUGACUCUUUUCACCGAAAUGUCCGACCUUCACGAGGUCAAGAAAGACUUCAUCCUCUGUCUCGAAACCGUUUACGAAAACAUCGAGAAAUUGGUCCGUCUUACUUACACCACCUACCCCGAAUUCCGUUUCACCCUCAAGUAUCUUCUCGUCGACUUCAUGACCACCCUUCACCACAUCCGUUCCCACUUCGAACAUUUGAUGAAGACCGUCGAAGUUGAAUUCACCCCAAAACACUUGAUCACCAUGAUCCACGAAUACACUCGUGAAUGUACCGAAAUGAUCAAGGAAUUCAACCACCCCAUGCAAAUGAAAGUCGCCCUCCGUGGAUAUUUGAGAUACGUUCGUGAAAUCGUCUACCUUUUGGAAAAAGAAACCAUCGUCGGAGAGAAGGAAUUCGAUCUCCUUAUGCACACCCUCACCAACAAACUUCGUGAAAUCGUCUUCCCACUCAUGGAACUCACCAUGACCGAAGAAAUGAUCGACAUGAAAGUAUUCAGAACCAAGUUCGUCACCUACCUUUUCGACAUCGUUGGAACUUUCGAACAAAUGAUCCAAUACUGCGAAACCAAGCAUAUCCCCGUCGAAAUCAAGUACUUCAUCGAAAAAAUGAUGUACAACUACUUGUACGCCGUCAAGAACGUCUGCUACGAAAUCAGAUUCGGUUCCAAAAUCGGUUUCUUCAUGCCAGAAUACUACACCAUGAACUACUACGGCAAAUACGGAUACGGUCUCUACGAAACCAUGUUCCGCAAGCACUUCUUGAAUUACGACAUGGGAAUGUACACCCUUUUCCCAAUGCACAAAUACUUCAUGGGCAAAUACGAAAAAAUGUACACCCCAAUGUUCACCAAGAUGCACGAUUUCGAUAUGGAAUACUACAACAAAUACGGAAUGGAAAUGUUCUCCCGCAAAUACGGAAUGAACAAAUACUUCAAGGAAAUGCCCUUCGAAUUCGAAAGCAAGACCCCCAAGGAAUUAGUUAUGCACAUGGAGAUGCUCGUCAAGCGCGUCGUCGAACAAUUCGAAUACAGAACCAUGAACGUUAACGACGAAUCCACCCUUUACUACAUUCGCGAAUUCCUCACCUGCCUCGACCUCAUCUACAACAGACUCGAAUCCGUCACCUACACCGACAUGAUGGUCAGAGAAUUCCUCAUGAACCUUAAGGAAAUGAAAAUGGAACUCGAAAAGAUGAUCUCCAUGCGCAUGUUCCACAACGUUCACGAAAUCAGAAUGUACUUCGUCCGCUCUAUCAAGAUGGUCGCCACCGAAUUGUACAGAAUCGUCAUGGUUGAGAAAUUCGAAACCAAACACUUCGACCACGAAAUGCUCAGACACAUCCUCGCCGUAUACAUGAACUUCCUUACCAAAUUCCACACCAAAUACUCCGUAUAUGGUAGCGAAUACAUGAUGCCCACCACCUUCGGCCUUAACACCCACAAGGAAAUGAUCGUGCGUAUGCACACCCUCACCGAAAAGAUCAUGGAAUCCUUCAAAUAUGACACCGUUGAAAUGAAACAUAUGACCGUCCUCUACAUCCGCAACUUCAUCGAAAUCAUCGAUUACGUCAUCGAAAAAAUGCACAUCACCAUGAUGGGCAAACUCGUCCGCGACGAAACCGUCAUGCGCGAUAUCUUCAUGCAUCUUAAGCAAAUGAGAACUGAAUUCGAACACCUCCUUACUUUCGAUACCAUGGACAUGCACAAGAUGACCAUCCGUUUCGAAGAAUGCUUGAGAAUGUUCACCAUGCAAAUGGAAAAGUUGACCAUGUUCGAAGUUGAAUACCCAAUCUUAGUCAAAGAGAUCUGCAUGCGUUACGUCAUGACCCUCGAAAACUUCUACCACAAAAUCUCCAUGCGAGGAAUGGAAGUCUUCCCCACCAAGAACUUCAGAACCAUGUACCACGAUGUUGACAUGAAGAGAAUGAUGCCAUUCCACUUCAACCAGGAAUUGAAGUACUAAAUAACCAAAAGAUACACUGUAACACCUGAAAUUCAAUAAAUUUCUGUUUUGUCAUCA